AUGCACAUUCAGCUCGAAGCCAUCGCCGCAGAGCCAAUCUAUGGUGCCGGCGACGAAGAAAGCCAUGUCACGGCAAACACGACGCCGACUGCGACUUUAGAGCGUAAAGGAGGCGCCGAGGGAAAAUAUAUUGGCUUGACAGGAACCGACGAUGUGUACUUCGCCGUGGACCGCUCUCACGGCCUCGGAAAUGACCCGGCACGUGAAGCCUAUUUCAGGGGACGGUCAUCUUCCAUACAAUCAGGCUCGUCGAAUACUUCUCAUUUUGCUGCUCGGUCGAUCGAGGCCAACGCGCCGCUGGUUCGAUCUAUUUUCGUCAGAGAGUCUCAUCCCGCAUAUCCUCUGCUAGACGCCGAGCUGGCUGGGAGCGCGAAACAGUCGCGGCUGAUGGCUAUUGCGAUUGCAAUCAUCACAAAAUACACCUCACCAGAGUUGCAGGGCCUUCAAAAUAACGUGCUCAUCGAGGAGUUUACAUCAUCUUUGCUCCUUGAGGCGCGGUCCCCGGGACUUGAAACCAUCGAAGCUGCCAUAUUAUUCACUCAAAGAGCGCUAAGAGGACGAAUGAGCACCAGCGCACCGGGGGUGUGGGCAGUCAUAGGCUGUAUUAUAGGGAUGAGCCACGAUCUUGGCCUGCAUGUCGACUGUUCGACGUGGAGUAUUCCCGCGGCCACAAAGAGGAGACGAAAAAGGAUAUGGUGGGCCGCGUACAUGCAAGAUAAAUGGUUUGCCAUGGCUCUAGGUCGACCGUCAUACUUGAACGAAGCAAACACAACCACGCUCAUGCUGACAGUCUCGGAUUUUGAGGACUGUGAUCCAGACUCGGCGAGCAACAAGCCUAGACGGUCCGAGUUGACCACUGGCAUCCAUUGUUUUGUCUCCAUGGCCGAGUUGACGGUGAUUCUGAACGAGGUUCUCCUCAUCUUCUUCACUAUCGGCUCUGUGGUCAGCUUGCGCGAGGCUACAGGUCAACAGAUCAUCGAUAUUGCAGACAAGAUCGAGGUCAAAUUGGACAAUUGGCGUACCGAGUACCUCGACCCGAUUCUCAUGCAGCGAUUCUUCCCUGACGUGACUGGCAGCUUGGAAAUUGCGUACAUUACUGUGCACGUCAUGCUCCUUCGCGGCAUCUUUCCCAAAUUGUAUCGUCGAAGCCUACCUUUAGACAACCAUGUCAACCGUGCCGUCGCAGUCACGUCUCGUGCAAUCUCGCUCGUUGAGACGUUGCAAAUUAAUCGCCUUAGUGCCUUCUGGUGGUCUUGCUCGGGCUUCAACUUCGCUCUGGUGGGCACUUUCAUGGCCAGCCUGAAGCGGCUCUCGACUGACACCAUUCGGGCCAACUACUGGGAUGAACGACUCGGGUAUUACUGCAAACUGCUUGCGGCGCACGGGGUCAGCUUCUGGCCAGCCAAGUUCGCCGCGACCGCACUGGACCUGAUGGCGAAGAAUCUGACCAAGGCCACCAGUGCUGCAGCCGGCGAUGCGGGUGGUUGUGGAAUGAGUGCUGCCAGUACUAGUGAUGGAUUUGCCAACGGGCUCGCCGAGGUGUUCACCUCGCCAGAGACGUCGUGGUCAGGAGUUUCGUAUGAUUUCUUCCCUCAUAACCUGACCGUGUUGAACGAGGCAGACUUCUCGGCAGACUGGGCUGCCGUCGAGGGGGCAGAUGCGGCCCCGUGGCAGAAUUUGAAUAUAGCGUGA